GCGUCGAUUCACUAGCGGUCCCGAGCUACGCAUAAGUGAGUGCGCAGGUUUGCUCACCCUUUGCCCAUCGUAUCUCCUUGCUUUGUAGCAUUUCCUGGAGCGAAGUACAGUCCAAUCGAUCUAAAUCGGUUCAAUCGUCCGCACCGCAUCGAAACAGCAGCAAACGCUGCCACCGGGCAUGAAAGCCAUGGUAGAAUGUCGCUCCGUCUCCCGCACAAUCGUGAAGUCCAGACAUGAAGUCACCCCGCAAAAGGCAGUCAGGUUCAACAUUUCUUCUCACGCGCAGUCCUGAACUCCCGACUUUCAUCUCUCCUCGACAUGCGCAACGCGAUCUAGGAUACCACGCCGACCUCUUCAAAGAAGUCCUCAAGGGCCUCAAAUCCGCCAGCAAGAUCUACCGGCGCAUCAAGCAGUAUGACCACGCUAGUAGCAUCAAAGGCUUCAUGCUGGGCGCCUUCGGCGCGUAUGCCUACCAGGAAACUAGGCCGUUCCCCGAAGUCUGGGCCGCAGUGCCUGGAAAUCUUAGCUUCCUUGAAAUGACCGGCCAGUUCGGCGAGGACUCUGUUGAGAAGAUUUGGCUACGUUCGAUGGCUGGCGAGUAUGUGCUCGGGGCGUACCAAAUGCUUCACAACGCAGGCCGAAGCUGUCAGAGCGCCAUGGACGUGGCGAAGGCGUUGGAGGUGCUGAUGCUAGAAGACUUGGGGUUGGAUGGCGAGACGGUCGAGCAAGGGGAAGUGGAUGUCUACCAGUGAUUGUGCGAGAUGUCCUUCUGAGUGUCCGCAUAGGUAAAGAUACCGGUACAUUAAUAUGUCGCAAUGUCCUACCCUGCAUUCGUUCCGAACCCCUUGUGUGCUAGUCCAGAGGUGUGGUCUCGCGCCGUUGCUAUAUGCAGUGCUAGGCUUUCUGAGACCUUCCGCUCCUGAUUGGAGUUCAGCAGACUCUGCUCCCGAA